UACUCCUAGUAUUCAGUGGUGCUGCGGAGUGGUAGAACAGUAUUUUAGCUCCGCUAUAAUAGCAAUGAAGAUCACACAAUUAAACUAAAAAUAACUGACAUUCUCGACACAGACUGACUAUACAGCAUUGGAUUUUUUAUACAUUAUAUUGAUGAAAAAAUAUUUUAGGUCGCCAAGACUAAAAAUAGCAGUGACUCAAGAUUUCUACCGACUACAGAUACUAUCAAUUGACGAGUCCAGCUGCGUUUGGGCUUGGUCCGGAAUUUCGGUUGAAAGCUUGUCUUUGUUUUAAUAGCUUUUUGAGUGCAAUUUCCAUUGCAGAAGAUGUGUUCAAAACGGUGUUUCGUUUUACUAGUUCUGUGCGUAAUAGACAAAUCACUUUCGAAAUUGUUUGAAUCCGAGGAAAUUGUACCUGUCAGGAUAAAUGGAAGAAGCAGCGGUCGUUUUUGGAAACGAAGUGAAGAACAGCCCAGGUUUAGACUCAGUGCCUUUGGUCGCGAUUUCACUUUGAAUUUAAGCCCGGAUAACAGUUUCUUAUCUCCUACACUGACAAUUCAACGCAUCAAAGCAAAAGAUAUCCACACUUUACGCAGAGCCUCAGGUGCCCAAGGGAGAGACUCUGAAACUGAAACUGACUUUCACAACUUGAUAAACAAGACCGAGGAGAUAGAAAGAGAUUUGAGAAGCUGUUUUUACUCAGGGACUGUGGACUCCAACCAAGAUUCUGUUGUUGCGGUCAGUAUCUGUUAUGGCAUCCUUGGAUCGUUUGUUACAGACGGGGAUGAGUAUUUUAUUGAGCCCAAAGUCCUCGGCUCAGGGAGAAGGGAGAGAUCCACUGAACAGUUACAUUUUAUCAAAAGAAGGACGCCCACAGAAGCACCAAAUCACACUAAAACUGUCUUUGAUCAACUGAGGGAGGAGAGUAAUGUAAAAGCAGACAACGAACGUUUUCUGCACGAGAAAAAAGAUCCUGAGAGACAAUUACGAGGGAAACGCUUUGUAUCAGCACCACGAUUUAUUGAGACGCUGGUGGUUGCAGACACGUCGAUGACACAUUUCUAUGGAGAUGAGAUUAAGCACUAUAUCCUGACCUUGGUCUCUGUGGCAGCCCAGCUUUACAAACAUCCCAGUAUCAAGAACCCUGUCCACAUGGUGGUGGUGAAAAUGGUGGUGGUGGAAGACGAGGAGGUUGGACCGUCACUCUCCAAUAACGGGGGAGUCGCUCUGCGUAAUUUCUGUGCCUGGCAACAACAGUUCAACCCGGCCAGCCAGAGGCAUCCUGAGCACUACGACACUGCUCUGCUUUUUACCCGAGAGGAUAUUUGUGGACAUCAGAGUUGUGACACCCUAGGGGUUGCUGAUGUGGGAACCAUGUGCGAUCCAAAAAGGAGUUGCUCUGUCAUUGAGGACAAUGGACUUCAAGCAGCCUUCACUGCUGCCCAUGAACUUGGCCAUGUGCUGAGUAUGCCUCACGACGACUCCAAGAAUUGCGAGAGGAUGUUUGGGAAUCUAGGCGGCCAUCACAUGAUGGCCCCUCUGUUCGUUCACCUCAACAAGACUUUCCCCUGGUCCCCUUGCAGCGCUCUCUACGUCACAGAGUUCUUUGACAACGGACACGGCGACUGCCUCUUGGAUCCACCGGAGAGCAUCUUACCGUUACCCAGUGAACUCCCAGGCACCACAUACAGCCUCGACCGCCAGUGUCAGCAGAUGUUUGGGGAGGAGUUUGUGCACUGCCCCAACACCUCUGACAGUGACGUCUGCAGCCAGCUGUGGUGCCGGGAGGAGGGCAAGCCCCACUGCACCACCAAAAACGGCAGCCUCCACUGGGCGGAUGGCACCACGUGCGCCACCAACAAGAGCUGUCUGCACGGUGCAUGCAUGGCAGCCCACGAAGUCACGCAGCCAAAGGUGGUUGUGGAUGGCGGCUGGGGCGCUUGGGGACCAUGGCAACAGUGCUCCAGGACAUGUGGAGGGGGUGUGGAGUUCUCCUACAGGGAGUGCACAGAUCCCGUGCCCCAGAACGGCGGCAAAUACUGCGAGGGCCAGAGAGUUCAGUACCAGUCUUGCAACACCCAGGCGUGUGAGGAUAAUGAUGUGAAGAGUUUUAGAGAGGAGCAGUGUGAGAAGUACAACACCUUCAACUAUCUGGACAUUCUGGGGAACAUGAAGCAAUGGAUUCCAAAGUACGCUGGUGUGUCGCCCCGGGACAGGUGUAAACUCUUCUGCCGGGCCAAAGGCAGCAGUGAAUUCAAAGUCUUUGAAGCCAAGGUUGUCGACGGCACCACAUGUGGUCCCGACACUACGUCUGUCUGUGUACAAGGCCAAUGUGUCAAGGCGGGCUGUGACAAAGAGAUCGGCUCCAACAAGAGGCUUGACAAGUGUGGCUUGUGUGGUGGGAAUGGCCUCAGUUGCAGGAAGAUCACUGGUUCAUACAACAAAGCCACUUACGGUUAUAGCGACAUUGUGACCAUUCCUGUCGGGGCUACCAAUAUUGACAUCAAACAGCGCAGCCAUAGAAACAUCAAACACGAUGGAAACUACCUGGCGAUCAAGCGAGAGAGCGGUGGCUACAUAUUAAAUGGUAACUUCUCUGUAUCCACGGUGGAGCAGGAUAUCCCUGUUCUCGGGGCUGUGCUGAAGUACAGUGGCUCAUCCACCACCUUAGAGAGAAUCCAAAGCUUCAGACAACUGAGGGAGGCCAUCACCAUCCAGUUGCUGGCCACUGCUGGGGAGGCAUCUCCACCCAAGGUCAAAUACACAUUCUUUAUCCCCAAAGAUGUGCAUUUCACUAAAUCCAAAGAGAGAAAGGCUUCGCUGCAUAUGAUCCAGGCUUUUGGUGUGCCCCAGUGGCGUUUGGGCGAAUGGUCAGAGUGCUCCAAGAGUUGCGGCUCAGGGUGGUCCCGAAGGAAUGUCGAAUGCAGAGACAACGCUGGUUUCCAUUCCAAUACCUGCGAUAAGGACCUGAAACCCACAGAUAUCAGACCCUGUGCUGAUCUGCCGUGCCCCAUCUGGCAAAUGGGGCCUUGGUCAUCCUGUUCACAAACUUGUGGCCAGGGGGAACGCCGACGCAGUGUUGUCUGUAUAGACUACACUGGCAAGACUGUCGAGUCGGAGAAGUGUGACACCAAUAAGCAACCCGCGCCAGUGUCGGGAGAGUGUGUUUACCAAAUGUGCUAGCGAGGAGCCAUGAAGAUAGAGAACUUUGGUAGGGGUAGUGUACUGGACCCUUAACCACUCCGACCCGACCGUGCUUUAGAGAAAAGCAGGGAAACCCUAGUUUGGAAAUUUAAGAGUGCACUAACUAACCCGGACAGGUUCAGAGCACUGGCCUGUGACUUUGUUUUACAACCACUAGAGAAGUUUCAACCAAUAGAGAUCUACCUCAGGAUGUACAUGUUUUGAUAAAAUAGACAAAGGUACUGUGUGCAAAUUAUUAUUCUCUCCUAAAAGCUAUUACUUUGCAGAAAACCUACUGACAAACACCAUUGCGGUUAAAUAUACCUCAAUUUUCCAGCAUAUAACCCAGAACUAUACAGUCAGAGACUCAGAGCCAAUAAAUGAACUGGGUAAAUAAAGUUAGUCUAAAGGCAUACUAUUUGUACCAUAACAUGUGACAUUAUUUGUACCAUAACAUGUGACAUUAUUCGUACCAUAACAUGUGACAUUAUCAUUGCAAGACAACUACUUAGUGCUUAUUAUUUAGAGUAAAAGGGGUUUGUGUAAGCAUUUGUUUAGGUACACAAUAUGGAAAACUUUGUAAAAUACCUACUUUAUUUGUUGUUUGCUCUUUUGUUUAAUUUCCUUUGAAAAAAAUAUAUUUUCUAAAUGUGAGAUUGUGUUAUUGCCUGUAAAAAAAGAAAAAAAAGAACGACUGUCAAAAAAAUGAUCAAAUCUAUCUGCUAUCUUAUUGAUUAAUGAUAUGUGGUACUGAUAUGCUUACAGAUGAAAAUGUUAAUUCUCCCAUUAUCAUUCAAAUCAUACAGGUGAUUAGGUCUUCUAUUGACUAAUCUCUCAUGGACAGACUACGUAACAUAAUCUGACGCAAUUACGAUUUUAGUUCUGGGCUUCCGAGAUUAGACGUUGAUAGAAGAAUGUACUUUGUAACAAAAAAAGCAACCAGCAUAGUUAGUAGUAAGAAUGAAAAAUAAAAUUUAGUUAAGCAUAGACAAUGGUCAGGAAUUUGAUCUGAGGCAAAAGUGUAACAGGGGACUUUUCCUCUGUUCUGCACCUUUUUAUGUAGUGUUUUAAAGGAAUUCUAUGGCUACAGAGAAUUGGAAGUACACCCAAAUUCAUUAUAAACAUGUGUAAAAUGGUAUGUUAUGGUGCAUCAAAAAUAUGAUCUAUUUGCAUAAAGAACAACUCCUUUGUAGUAAUUUCAUAGUUGUGUUUAAAAUGUUAUUAUUCAUAAUGCGAAGAAUGCUCUAUUUGUUUGUCAGAUGUCUAUGUAUAUGUUUGAUUUCUCAUUCCAGUUUUGUAUGUCAUAAAACAAAAAAGGCAAAAUAUGAUAUACCUUCAGUGAAGGACCAUACUAUAUUAUUAUUAUUGUAGCUUCCUUUUUUAAAGCUAUUUAUUUUUAUAAAGUUUUUACCUUGGACAUGACAUUCUAACAUUUUCAGAUGCUGCUGUCUUUGAGAUUUAUGUCUACAAUAAAAUGGUAAAAUACAUCACAUUUUACUAUGUGCUGUAAGCAUUGAGUUGUCUUGUUUUUACCCGUUUGGAAAGUUAAAGACCCACUUUAGCUAUGUUUGGCCUACAUCAGGCCUGGUUCUCCUUCCACUGCAGUCUGCUGGUUAAACACAGAAAAUGUAAAUAUGUGCAAACUACACACAUUGAACAAUCUUCUCAUUAGAUGGGCAUUGUCACGGAUUCCCCCGGUACUGCUGCUCUUUCUGUGCACCAGUUCCGGAGAUCUACGUCACCGGCCUCUAGGCGUCACUGAACUGUCUCAUUACGCACACCUGAUUCCAUUUUCCCUGAUUAGUAAUUCUAUAUAUGUGCCCUCUUUACCGUUGUCUUGUCGGUUAUUGUUCCCAUGUCCGCUGGUCUGUGAGUACCUGUGCUUUAUUUCGACUUUCGUGCUGCGUGUAUUGUGCAUUAGCUUUAUGGGUCUCGCCCCGUGUAGUGUAUUGCGGG